CAGAUAUUAUUUGUACAUUUUAGAGGAGGAGGUUGAAAUAAUCUUAAUCAAUAAUGUUUAUCGUAUGUUACAUACUUGUAUUGGAUUGUACAUAAAUUCAUCUACUUAUGAAAUAGAUACCAUAUAAUUAAAAGCGAAAAUAUAUGAUGAUACAGACUUCAGUAUGUGUUUCACUUGCUCAGAAAAAGAUCAUCAUAUAGACGUUCAUGGUAAUUUAAAAACAACAAAACGUUAUGCGAGAAAUCUUUCUCCGUUUUCCCGAAAAGGCAAGAUUUUAAAGUGAAUAUAUGGAAGGAUAUUGAAGGUCAAACAGCGGUCUCGUGUCUUUUGUCUAUGGUCAGUCAGUGAUCUUGUGAAUAUUAUCUCAGGAUGAACGCCCUAUCUGCAAGGAAAAAACAGAUCAUCAAAAUUGUUGUCAUGGGACCAGGCGCUUCUGGAAAAACUGUGCUGUGCAACAGAUUUGUAAAAAAAGAGUUUGUAAGCUGUCCAAGGGCAACUAUCGGAAGUGACUUUUACAUUGGUACAUUUGUGUUUGAUGGAGAGGAAUUUUCAGUUCAAUUUUGGGACACUGCUGGUCAAGAACGUUUUGGAACGAUGGACAAUAUGCUUUUUCGGCGUGCAAACGGAGUUGUAUUUGUGUAUGACGUAACAGAUGAAAGCAAUUUCGAAGAAACUGUGCGGUGGAUAGAGCACUACAGAAAGAUAUUUGACGGCGAUAUGAUAAUUGUUGGAAAUAAAAGUGAUUUGGGAGAAAAAAGAGAAGUGAGUACCCUUAGAGGUUACAAGCUUGCUUCGAAAUAUGGUGCCAAAUUUUUUGAAGUGAGUGCUAAAACUAAUGCCAGUGUCCAGGAAGCAAUAGAUACUUUACUAAGAACUGCAGCAGCAAGGAUGCUUGGAAAAAAGGUCCCAGAAGAAAUAUUACACGACCCUUAUGCGCUAGCUAUCUAUGAGAAAGCUUUGCAAGCCGGUAAAGAAAAGGAUAAGUCUAUUCGGGUAAACAUAGUCGGUAACUUCAGACAAGGUAAAACGACAUUAAUGAGAAGGUUGUUGGGGCAAGAAAUCAGAGACAUUACAAGUACAAAUGGAAUAGUUGUCGAACAGUAUAGAUGCAAGGAAACUAACGAUGGGACAUUGCAUUACACCAAAGCAGACGACAUUGAUACCUCGGAAUAUGUCCAGCGUUUAGUUUCGGUUGCUGUAAGCGGUGGGCUUAUAGAAGAAGAAGCGCAAGUUAAGUGUUUGUUGCAACAAACUAUAACAGGCGCAGAAAUCUCAAAAGAACCUAUGCAAACGACUAGUGAAGAUUUAGCCCAAAGUACAGAUACUAAAGAUAUAAUAAAUAAUUCAUUAAGCAAAAGUGAAACAAAAGAAGGUAAUCAGAAAAAAUCUUCAUUGUUAUCAAUAGAAGAAAAGGAUGUGUUUGCAAAAGCUCUGAAGACUAGUCAGCCAUCCUUACAAAAAGAAAAAGAGACUGUGUUUGAUAUUUGGGAUUUUGGUGGACAGUACAUUUUCUAUGCAACUCAUACAAUCUUUCACAGCAAAAGGGCAAUUUAUGUUUUGGUGUUUGACUUGUCAGUUGGCUUGAACCAAAUUGUCACUGAGGACCAGUUUCCAACAGAGUCGGAAAGUAGAGAUAUGAAAUAUUUCAUCAAUUUCUGGAUGAAUUCCAUUCAUUCGUUUGUUGGAUCCGAAGAUGGCUUAUUACCAAAGGUUAUCCUUGUAGGUACUCACAAAGACAAGCUGAAAGGUACGAAACGCGAAAAAGAAAUAUAUAUCAGCAAGUACUUUGAAGAGAUCAGAGAAAUGUUUGAUGGAACAAGUUUGUCAAACCAUAUUCAUUUUGACGAUUUUGCUGUUGAUAAUACUAAUGCAAAAGAUACUUCUGUGAAAUCAUUGCGUGAAACAAUCAUAAGAAUUGGAGAUGAACAGUCAGAAACUUUUGAAAUACCACUGAAAUGGAUUCAGCUGGAGAAGUCAUUACUGGAAAGGAAACACCUAAAGCUUAUCUCAAUAAAGUUUGUCUUGGCAAUCGAUUUUGAGAAUGAAUUUCCUUUGAGUGAUAAGGAAGAAGUCAAAUUAUUCCUUCGUUACCAUCAUGCAAAAGGGACAUUUGUUUAUUUUGAUGAAGAGCCGAUAUCAGAAUAUGUUGUGCUCGAUCCACAAUAUCUCAUAGAUGCAUUUAAAUGUAUACUCACAAGUGAACGUUUCUGCACAAAUGAACCAGAACUCCGCCCACUUUGGAGAAUGCUACUCACGGAGGGAAGACUUGAAAGACAACUGAUUGACCGGCAGUGGGGAAAACCUGAAGACAAAUUCAAAAUGUACAGAGAAAACAAAGAAAUUCUAUUGUCAUUUCUUGUGAAACAUCACAUUAUAUCAGAAGCUGCAGCUUUUGAUGAAAACACACACAAGUCAACAGGACUAGGGUGGUUUGUUGUCCCCAGUCUCUUGGCAGAUCAAUCAUCGAGAACAGAAUUUCACAAAUUUCUCAGUGGAAAGCAACAGACAAACGUUCGUUAUGUGAUAUCGUUCGACUGUUCGUCAAUUGCUCCUACAAUUUACCAUCGCUUGGUAUCAGCAGCAAUAGGUAAGUGGCCUAUAGCAAAAGCUGGCAAGAAAACGUUAAUUUACAAAGACACCUGUGUAGUUCGGUUGAACAUUGAUCAUGCUGGAAUAGCUGAGAUGAAAAAUAACAUGAUCGAGAUGACAGUAGUAAGUCUUUGUCCUUCAACAGGUAUAAACGGUGAACAAGCAGACAAUUUCCGGCGAUUUUCUGAAGCUGUAAUUACAGAUGAAUUUCAGAAAUUGCGGAGUGCCGAGGACAUCCACACAAAACCAUACACUAUUUGGUUUAGAUGUAAUCAUCAGAGUCAUGGCUUAAACGGUAGUGAAAAUCUAAAUGCAAUGAAGGAAAUGGAGAAUAGAAAAUUUGUUCCAUGUCCAGACUUAAUGACCCAUGAUGUCAACGUUGACAAGGCGAAGGAAGAGUGGUUUCAAGACAACAGGAAAAUAGUAGUUAUUCCAGACAACCAGUUGACUGACAUAUUGCUAGGCAACAUAUCACAGUGCAUCGGUAACAACUGGCAACUACUUGGUCUUGAACUAGGGCUAACACAUGUUCAGAUAGAACACAUUGUCGAAGACCAUCCACAUAGUGCAGUCAUGAGAAUAUACACAAUGCUUCAAACCUGGUGUCGGGAAGAUGAAGAUAAGGCAACGCUGAGAGCUCUAGUUGAGACAGCGCAAAGAUGUCCGCAAGUGAGCGUUGACUGGGACAAAUUGAGAAACAUCCUAGACAGAUUACAUUAAGAUAUCCUCACAAGAACUUUGAUUAGAAUGAUUAGGGCAUAUUGAGAAAUGUCUUAGAUAAAUUGCAUUAAGAAUACCUUACGUUAGCACUGAGCAAAACAAACUAAAAGCUAUCAAAAAUAAUUGUAGUUAAGAUGUUCUUACGUUUCAAUUCGGUUGGAAAAAUUAAAACAUCCAAUAAACAGACUGAGUUAAGUCCGUACCAUAGCCCUCAUAAACUGAAUUUAGAUUACAGACGCGAGCGUUCAUUGUGAAAAAUGAGAUACAUUGUAACUGUAUAAACUGAAAUUACACUAUAAAUGUGACAAAGUAUUGAAAACUUGUACUUAAGAAAGGAUUACCUUUACUUCCUGAUGUUGGAAAAUGGUUGUUUCUUUCUAUUUUAUGCUUAGGGUGUCGAAGACCUUGAAGGAAUGCGGUCCGUCUGUUCAUCAGUCCUACAUGCGAUACGUUGGUUGAUGCAAAUCAACCUCUUUUGGAAAUAGUGUGUCAUACAUUCAUUUUGUAUAUUGGGAAAACAUUGAAAUAAAGAUUAUUAUAUUUACAAAAAUACGAUUGCUGUUA